AAAUUCGCCAAUUUGUAACUGAGGGCAUUGGAUAGUCAUGCAGACGGGUUUUUUUAUCCACUCUUUUGCUUCUCGUUCCAUUGUUAAUUCAUCAUGGCUGACGGUACAUUACGCAGUCAAACACUCAUGAUUGGCCGAACAGGUUCUUCGGUUGUAUCCUACCAGGAAGAAGACGCUCAGUGCCCCGUAUGUAAGAGUGACAAAUACCUUACUCCCAAUCUGAAACUCUUAGUAUCGCCAUGUUUUCAUAAAAUGUGCGAAUCGUGCAUUGAUCGGUUGUUCAGUGCUGGUCCCGCGCCAUGUCCGCUUUGUCAUCAAGUGUUGCGCAAAAAUCAGUUCAUGUCCCAAAUCUUCGAAGAUCUCACUGUGGAAAAGGAAGUUCGGAUACGAAAACGGGUUGGAAAAGUGUUCAAUAAGCGGCCCGAAGAUUUUCCCAGUCUGCGACUCUACAACGAUUAUUUAGAGAUGGUCGAAGAUAUAACUUUCAACCUCAUGAACGAAGUGGAUGUCGCCGAAACCGAAGCUCGAAUUACCGCAUACGAGCUCGAGAACAAAGAAAGCAUUGCAGAAAAUCAAGCACGAUUAGCAAACGAGCAACGAUACAGUUCUUACCAAGACGAGCUUGAAAAGCAGGAAAGAGAGCAGAAACGAGAGGAUUAUCUGCGACAACUAGAAGAAGAGCGAAGAGAAAAGGAAUUGGAGAAAGCGGAACUUAUCAAAGAACUAGCCACCUCCAAUAAAUCGGCACAAGCGGUGUUAGCCACACGAGCGACGGCUUUGAAACGAUCAUCAGCAUUACGGCAGCAGUCGGAGAGCAACACACCAUCUCCGCGACUGAAUAUGCCCUCAUGGCUGAUCGCAGCAAUGGAUACUGAUACCGAAAUGAAAGAGGCUGAACUAGCUAAUUUUGAUCCUUUUGGCUUGGAGUACGAUUAUUCCUGCGGAUUCGAAGUUCGGGAAAAUUACAGUGACGCCGCGACGGAUUAUCUUAAUGGGAACAAGGCAGCUCGAGCUGGAGGAUAUGCGCCGAGAUUUGCGUACCAACGAGCCCUCAACUCGGCAUUUGCUGGUAUUCUGUGUCCACCGAUCCAAAACCCAUAAUUGCCACUUUUUGGCUUCAAUGUAACGUUCAUGCUUC